AUGCGCGCAGGGGGUCUGGCAACUUCCGACGACCCAAUCGAGGAUGGCUCUUGUGACCUGUGCUCAUGCGCAUUGGUGGACGCCUUGGUUUCCCCUUUCAACCAAUCAGGUUUUGAUUUAGAAGCUGCUGGAGGAUUUGCAGGAGCCGAGGCGGCAUUGCGAUCCUGCAUCGGCGUUCUGGCCCUCCCUCUUGCCCAAGCGGGGGUGCCCCUCUCCGCCCUUCUGGGAUUGGCGGAGUGCGGCUACACAAAGGAGAAGUUUCCAGACUGCGUGAAGGACUUCGUUCCGGAGGUGCAACCGGAGCCGCCGGCUAACGAGAAUUGCGGCUGUUCCUCCGACCUGCAGCCCGUCUGCGACUACAAUCACAAUUGGUACACCAACUUGUGCGUAUCCAAGUGCAGAGGAGUCAAACUGGUGGAGUCAUGCGUACCUGUAUUCAAGGAAGUGGAGGUGAUAGAGAAGCCAUUCGUGCUCACGGAUUUGGACGGCCCACUGAUAUGGAAGGCCGGGUGCGCCUGUACCCAAAAGAUGAGCUCCUUCAAGCCCGUCUGCGAUAUCAACGGCAAGCAGUACAGCAGCGAGUGCUUUGCCAAUUGCCAGGGCAUCACCGCUCAAUUCGACUGCACCAAGCUGGUCGUCGAUUUCGAGCCUUCCGGCGACGGGCCGCUGGUGGAGGCAUUUGAAGGCGACAGCGACGGAGAUUCAAGCUCCAAACCGGACGUCGGCGAUACCAACGGCACAAAGACACCCCCGACUUCGCCAAAGCCAGGCGGCCCCACCGCCGCCACCCCUCCUCCGUCACCUCCCAAAAAGCCAGACAAGGGAGGCAACAAUCCAACCAUUCCCCGGCCGGAACCUCCAACAAAGAAGCCCGAUCCCAAGGACGUCCCACCUAUAUCACCGGAUGUGGCGGCCCUCCUGGAUCAGUUUGGAAUCAGGGUGGAUCAGCUGCCUCCCGAGUUCACCAGGGUGGCCUUCAAGAUAUUCAACGGGGAGCAGAUAACGGACGCGGAGCUGGCUCGGGCGAGGGAGGUGCUAGCGGACGAGGAGGCCCUGGCCGCCGUGCGGGAGCAGAUAGAUCCGCUGUAUGUGCAGCAGCUGGAUGUCUUGGCGGCUUCGGCCACCGGAAACAACGCCAUACUGCUCAAGGAGCUGACGGCCGCCCUUUCCCAGCGGACGGAUGGAAAUGAAAAGACGGAACACGAGCGUUGCAUCGCCUCCUGCAGAUCUGGAAACGAGGUUUGCAACAAAUCAACGGGCGAGAAGUAUCCCAGCAGCUGCCACGCGCGAUGCAAGGGAGUGAAUGACUUUGUUGCGUGCAGCAGCAAGAAAGACAAGAAGAGCGCCGCGGCCGCCAUGGUGGCCGCCAGCCACGCCCGGGCCCCGGGGCCCCAGCGAAGGAGCCCCACCCGCCCGGGCGGCCCGCCCCGGGGCCGCCAUCCCCUUCUUGGCCCUCCCGAUGCCGCCGCGCCGGCCGAAUCCCCGACCGCUGAUAAGCGGCCAGGCCAGCCGUCCAGCCCGCCGGUCCAGCCCGUGUACCCGGAGCCGGGGAUCUGGCAGCAGACGCUGUGGCGGUCGUUCGUGGCGGGGGGUAUCGGGUUGCACACGGGGGAGGUGGCGUAUGUGAGGGUGAGGCCCGCGCACGCGGGCGAGGGACGGUACUUCGUGCGUGUGCCGGCAGGGACGAACGCCGGGAUGUACAGGCCGCCGGAGGGGGAAGUGGAGCAGGUGUUCCCAAGGGAGGAGCUGCCCCUGGAUGAGGAGGCUGAGGACCUGCGGGUAAGGGUGUACCUUCAGUACCUGAAGGCAAUGGAAGAAGACAGCUUUGAAGGCACGUUCAUGGAAUACUGCCAGCUGCAGACUUGCACAGCAGAAAAUCUGGCGGUGAAGAUAGACCCUGAAUCGAUGCCAGAGGAGGUGAGGGCAUGGGAUGGGCAGGAGGUCAUUGUGCCAGCGACGAUAGACCACGUGAGCGAUGGGGAGCAUGCUCUGAGCGUGAGUUUGGGGGAGGGAGAGCACAAGGUGAAAGGUGUAGAGCACUUGCUGUCAGCCCUGGAGGCUUGUGGUGUGGACAACGCGAGGAUCGAGAUUGAGGGAGGCCCAGAGGUACCCAUCCUGGAUGGGUCUGCCCUGGGGUGGGUGAUUGAGGUCCAGAACGCCGGUUUGAUGGCAGCCACAUGUGUGAGGGGCGGGAAGGUGAAGCGCAUCAGGCGGGCAGCAUUGAGGGUGCAGGAGGAGUUCAUGGUGCGAGACGGGGACAGCUUUGUGAGCGUGGUGCCAGCCGACCGCAUGACCCUUACGUACGGGGUCAACCACACGGUGGUGGCACCGAUAAUCGGCAGGCAGUGGCGUACAUGGUGCAUGCAGGACGACCCGAACUACAAGUUGGAGCUGGCAUCUGCACGGACAUAUUUUACUUGCGAGGAGGAGGCAUUCGCCCUGAGGGAUGCAGGGUUUCUGCAGGGAGGCAUAGAGGAUGUGGCGAUUAUAGCAAAUGGCGAGGAGUGGUGGGACCCUGGAGAUAUUCGAUACCAUGAUGAUGAGCCUGUCAGGCACAAGCUAGUGGAUUUGAUUGGGGAUCUGUCUCUGCUGUCCCUGGGUGGCAUGGGCGGUUUGCCCUAUGGCCAUGUCAUGGCAUACAGGGCUGACCACGAGCUACACCUGCAGUUUGUGAGGGGCUUGAAGGAGCGGAUGCAGAUGCAGCAGGGGUGCUAUGAGGCAUACACGGCAGAUCCAAGGGCCCCGGCUGACCUGCACCUGGAUGAGGUGUCAAAGAGAACGGGCAAGCCAGUCGUGGAGUUCAUUGAGGAAGAUUGA